GCACUCGAGGAAACGAGUGAGGAGAAUCCCGUGGUGAAGGCAAACCAGCAAUUACUCCUCCUGCUACCAUCGAAGAACGUCAAAGUCGUGACCGUAACGCCGAAGACUACCAUCUCACUCGGUAAAUUCGGUUCGUUCAAAUCUGACGACAUCAUCGGAACACCAUACGGCCUCACCUACGAAAUCCACGAAAACAAGACGAUCGUGCCCAUUGCUCCCUCCGCCAUCGACGAAAUCGAAGACGACGUCGGCAACAACCGCGAACUUAACGACGACGCAACCGCACAAACCCUUACAUGGCAAGAAAUCGAGGCCCUGAAGAAGGAUAAGAAUAUCCAGGGUAAGGAAAUCGUGGAGAAAGUCAUGGCAGCACAUUCAAAUUUCGAUAAGAAGACGGAGUUUGCGAAGGAGAAGUAUCAACGGAGGAAGGAGCAGAAGUUCUUGAGGGGAUUUACGGUGUUGGCGCCGACGUUGCCGACGAUUUGUGAUUACCUCUGGACACGGGAUCAACACCGCAUCCUCGACAUCCGUACUUCAUCACUCUCAUACAUCCUGGCGCAGGCGAACGUGUUCCCCGGUGGCCGAUACCUAGUCGUGGACGACACGGGAGGUUUGAUCGUAGCAGCCAUGCUCGAGCGCAUGGGCGGUGAGGGAACACUCAUGGUCCUCCACGAAAACGAACACCCCGCCCUCGACGUCUGCCGCUACUUCAACUUCUCGCCUCGCCAACUCUCCCCCGUCAAAUCCCUCUCCUGGCUCCAAGCCCUCCACCCAGAAGAAACGGACCCAAGACCCGAGAUGCCGGCACUGGAGGCGAUCGUGGAUGGGAAGGGACAUAAUGCGGCGAAGAGGUUGGCUGGUAGGCUGAAGAGUUGGGGGAGGGUAGAUAAGGCUCAGAAGGAUUUCUUGGAGGGUGGGUGGGAUGGGUGUGUUGUUGUCAGCACGUUUGAUCCUGUCACGAUCGUACCGGCUAUUUUGCCUUAUGUCGAGGGUUCGAGACCAGUGGUUGUCUAUGCACCGCAUAAGGAGACGCUGCUACAACUCUCCAUCCACCUCCACAACGGUACGAAACGCCAAAUUCUCGCGCCAACGAUCGUGAGUUUGAGAGCGAGGGAGUACCAGACCCUGCCUGGGCGUGUGCAUCCCAUGAUGACGAUGGGUGGUGGUGGAGGAUGGGUGUUGAGUGGACUGAGGGUUUUGCCGAGUGAUAUUGAGGCUGUGGCGGGGAGUGCUAGACAAGCCGGACGUGGCAAGAAGAAGAAGGAGAAG